AUGUGGACGUCCUUAUCCAAAACUACAAUGUCGCUAUUUUUUGAUCAUAUUCGAGCAACAGAUACAGAGAUAAUAAGCAGAUGCCAUGCAUCUGGGGAUCUGCUCUCCGACUCAUCCUGUUCAAACAAGGUUGUCAAAAUUUCUUCCAACAUUGUCGUCAAAUACGGCAACUUUGUGAAGGAAGGCGAAUUCUUCAACCAGCAAAUUGCCUUCCAACUUCUCGACCCCAACAUUGUUCGUGUUCCUGCGCCAUACCGCUUUAUUCAAGAUGGGCCUAUUGGUUAUCUGGUGAUGGACUUCGCAGAAGGCGAAGUCCCAUGCACGAAGCAGGCGUUGGCUGUCGCACCACGGCUCAGGCAAAUCUUAUCUCACAUGCACAAUAUUCGAGGUGAAACGCCGGGGGCUUUAAGUGGAGGCGUUGUUGAAGGUGCUCUGUGGCCCAAUAACGUGCCCAUCUUCAAGGACCGACGGAACCUUGAAGAUUGGCUGACAAGACGACUAAAACGACCAGGAAGUCGUAUCAGUUUCGAGGACCAACCGUUGGUGAUGUGCCAUAUGGAUUUCUCCCCUCGUAACCUGGUGAUCUGCAAUAGCAACAAAACAGUCACGGUCACAUUGCUUGACUGGUCUUCCGCAGGAUACUUUCCUCGCAUAUUCGAUUACAUUCCAUACAAAUUCUCGCCUCUCGAUACUGGGUUUUUCCUCAAUCUGGAGCCACAUCUUGCGAGUUUAAGUCCUCAGGAGAAGCAGACAGCGAAGGAUGUAGUCCAAGCGUUGGAAAACUGCCAGGUAUUUUUCUUUUCAUAA